ACAAAAUUCUCAUCGCAGAAUUAAAAACUAUCUGUAGCAUCUGUAAAGUUACUUGACAAAAAACUGAAAACGUAACUUUCGCGUCUUUCUCCUUCGACGAUCGAAAACAUAAUUGUUUUAUGAUCUUCCAUAGAAUGGAAGAUUUGAACCAACUAUCCCAAACUUCCAACCAACCUUGUGAGGCUGAAAACGAUCCGGCCGGAAUGAAACUUCACGGUUGCGAUAUAUGUGGUAGAAGUUUUAAAUUGAAGGGUCACCUUAAGGAACACAUUCGCAUUCAUACGGGAGAGAAACCCUUUAAAUGUGACCAGUGCGGCAUGCUCUUCAGGGUUAGCAGCGGUCUUAAAUUACAUCUGCUAUAUCAUAUCGGCGAGCGGCGACAUGUUUGCGAGAAGUGCGGUAAAGGAUUCUUUCUCAAAACCCAUUUAACGGCUCAUGAGAAAUGUCACACCGACGAAAAACCAUUCCAUUGCGAUGUAUGUGGCAAAUCAUUCUUGACUAAACCCUAUCUUACACAGCACAAACGUAUUCACACAAACCAAAAAGACUUUGAAUGUAACGUCUGUGGAAAACUUUUCUAUACUAAGAAUCGUUUGAAUCUACACAGUCGUGUUCACACCGGGGAGAGACCAGUUAAACGCGAUUCAAAGGCCAAAGACGAUCCGGCUAGCAUAAAACCUUACGUUUGCGAUAUAUGUGGUAGAAGUUUUAGCAUAAGAAAUCACCUCACGGAACACAUUCGCAUUCAUACGGGAGAGAAACCCUUUGAAUGUGAGCACUGCGGAAAGCUCUUCAGGACUACCAGCUGUCUUAAAUUACAUGUGCUACAGCAUACCGGCGAACGGCCACAUGUUUGCAGGUGGUGCGGUAAAGGAUUUAUACGUAGAUACGAUUUAACGGAUCAUGAAAAAUGUCACCUCGAGGAAUAUCCUUUUAAAUGUGAUGUGUGUGGCAAAGGAUUCACAACUAAAGCCAACCUUGGUCGCCACAAACGUAUUCACACAAACCGGAAAGAGUACGAAUGUAACUUCUGUGGUAAACAAUUCUAUGCAAAGUCUCAUUUGAUUCUCCACACUCGGGUUCACACCGGAGAAAAACCAUUCAAAUGCGAUCUAUGUGAUAAACCAUUUAGCGCAAACAGCGAGCUCAAAAAGCAUCGGCUAAAAAAUCACACAAAUGCGUUGAUGAAUGGGAUGAAUGCGACAAACAAUUCUCUGUCAGUGGCAAAUCAAACAAACACAAACCAACUCACGCUGGAGAAAUAACCGAACUCGGUUUGUGGUAAGUUGAUUUCCGAAAGAAACAGUUUGACGGAUCACAAUCGCAUCCACGCUGGGGAUAGACCCUACGUGUGUGACAUUCGCUGCAAGGAAUAUAGGACUAGCAAAACGAUAAAACACCAUCGGCUCUUCAUUUACACCAGCGUGGAACCAGUUUGAGGUAGGUAUGUGGAAAGGGAUUUCUUAACAGUAGACAGCAAUCUCGUUCAGCACAACUCAUGUUAUGGUAAAGAGGGUACACAGCAGCGCAACGUUUGCGAUAAAUGUUUCCAUUAUUUAAAUUAAAGAACAAAAGAUAGUGGUGCCUUCUGAAAUGGGAAAUCGACACACUUAAUAGCUACGCUAAAGUAAAAAUAAAUUGUCAAACGGAAAAUAAUCGAUUUUUGCAUUUAUAGUUAGUUAAGCCUGUAGUACACUCUUUGACCGAGCGUCAGAUAUUUGUCUCUUUUUGACAGAUAAAAAUUUGGUCAAAAUAAUUAUUUGUAACUCUCCGAUUUUAACAUGGGGCAAACACGGGCAAACAACAACCAUGAUGUCAAAUAAAUUUGAACAUUAUGUCAGAAGGUCAAAUAUUUGACCAUUAGACAAAGAGUGUACUACAGGCUUAAUGGUCAAGUAUUUGACCUUCUGACAUAAUGCUCAAGUUUAUUUGACAUCAUGGUUGUUGUUUGCCCGUGUUUACCCCAUGUUAAAAUUGGAGAGUGACAAACAAUUAUAUUUGACCAAAUUUUUAUCUGUCAAAAAGUGACAAAUAUUUGACGCUCGGUCAAAGAGUGUUAUACAGGUGUAACCCGCAGUAGGAGAUUUGCUUAUGAUCAGAUGUUUAGGUCAUCGAACUUAGCUAGCGCAGGGAAAUUCUUGUUAGAAAAUCUAAACGCAAGCAUGCGACAAAGUACAAGAGUCAAGGCCAUGCAAGGGACAAGUGUUUUUACUCUAUCCUUUCUUACCUCAUACAGCGUGCGCAAGAGAAUGUAGAAUAAAAAUAGAUUCAUGUGUGUGAAGUAGGAGAAAAACUCCAGUUGCCGAGGACAAAUGUAUACGCGUGUGGAUAACUUGUAUACCAGUACGCACGCACAAUUGCAUAGAUUGUUCUAAGGUAGGAUCAAAAUACGCACUCACAGCAAAAGGAAUAGCAAAUGCGCAAGCGCGAGUUCAGUAACCACGGGAGGCUUAUAAGACCUCUGACUAGGCUAUCUCAUUCUUACAUAUACUAAUAAUAGAUUUGGGAAUCAAAUUUUCUGUAUAAAAACCCAAGAAAUUUAAAUACAAUUUAGUCUACUCUUGGAA